CCUAUUAUAAUACCUACUAACAUUUCACGCACCAAUAUCCAUCCGAAUGGCGGCUACCGGAGAAGCUCAACCCGCAAAACACCAAGAAGUUGGCCACAAGAGCCUCCUUCAAAGCGACGCUCUCUAUCAAUACAUUCUGGAAACCAGCGUUUACCCGAGAGAGCCAGAAUCCAUGAAAGAGCUACGUGAGGUCACUGCUAAACACCCAUGGAAUCUUAUGACGACAUCUGCGGAUGAAGGGCAAUUUUUGAAUCUACUGCUCAAACUCAUAAAUGCCAAGAACACGAUGGAGAUUGGUGUUUACACUGGUUAUUCCCUUCUUUCUACGGCCCUUGCUCUCCCAGAGGAUGGAAAGAUAUUGGCUUUGGACAUAAACCGUGAAAAUUAUGAAAUUGGCCUUCCGAUCAUCGAGAAAGCCGGUGUUGCACACAAGAUUGAUUUUAGAGAAGGCCCUGCUCUUCCUCUUCUUGAUGAAAUGGUCAAUGAUGUGAAACUUCAUGGAUCGUUUGAUUUUAUUUUUGUGGAUGCUGAUAAAGACAACUAUCUUAACUACCACAAAAGGUUAAUUGACCUUAUCAAAAUUGGAGGUGUCAUUGGCUACGACAACACCCUUUGGAACGGUUCUUUAGUGGCCCCACCAGAUGCACCACUCAGGAAGUAUGUUAGAUAUUACAGAGAUUUCGUGUUAGAGCUUAACAAGGCAUUGGCCGUUGAUCCGAGGGUGGAGAUUUGCCAACUUCCGGUCGGCGAUGGAAUCACUUUGUGUCGUCGUAUAAGUUAA